UGCUUCCCUUCUCAGAUAGUCCGCUUCGCUUUAAAUUGGACUGCUCCCCCUUUCUUCGUUUCUCGGGUGUUUCCUCCUCACACACUCUCACUCUCACUAACUUCCUUCCCGCAGCGAAACAAAACACAGACAGACACACACACACACACAAAGACACCACCAAAGCAAAGCAGAUAGCCAUGUCUUUCCAUUCUAUGUCUCUCCCUAAUCCCUCCCCUACCAUCACAACCAUCACCAACCACCUCUCUCCCUGCCCCCGUCGCGACCUCGUCUUCGGUGUCUUGUUCUCUAAGAAAAAGGACAAACAGAAUCACUUUGACGUCCGCCCCAGGUGCAACGCUGUUUCCAAACCUCGCACGCAGGGGUAUGAUGUGCUUCACAACGGUCUGCCAGUGAUCAAGUGGCAAGAGAUCAUAGAGGAUGAAGACAUCGAAGUUGAAUCCUUUGAUAAGAUUUCGCUACCAAAUGAGAUCGAGAAACGUGUGGACAUUAUCAAAUCUUUGCUGGAGUCCAUGAAUGAUGGGGAGAUAAGUAUCUCGGCUUAUGAUACAGCGUGGGUUGCACUCUUAGAGAAGAACGUAAGAAACUCUAACGGCAACGUACGUGCACCGCAAUUCCCUGAGAGCCUCCGAUGGAUUGCAGAUAAUCAGCUACCAGACGGCUCAUGGGGCGACUCUCAGAUCUUCUCGGCUCACGAUCGGAUCAUUAACACAAUCGCUUGCGUGGUUGCGCUACAAUUUUGGAACGUCCAUCCUGAAAAAUGUGAAAAAGGUAUGCUUUUCUUUAAGGAGAACUUGUCCAAGCUAGAAGAUGAGAAUGCCGAGCACAUGCCAAUCGGAUUCGAAGUCGCGUUCCCAUCAAUUCUUGAAAUGGCCCAAAAACUGGAGAUUGAAGUUCCUGAGGAUUCCCCUGUGCUGAAAAGAAUCUAUGCCAAGAGAAACCUGAAACUUAGCAGGAUACCAAAGGAGAUAUUGCACAAAGUGCCCACCACACUGCUCCACAGCUUGGAAGGGAUGGGAGGGUUGGAUUGGGAGAAGCUUCUGAAACUGCAAAGCCCAGACGGCUCCUUCCUCUUCUCCCCAGCUUCCACUGCCUAUGCUCUCAUGCAAACCCAAGACCCCAAUUGCUUUCAUUACUUGAAGAAAGCUGUUGACAGGUUCGAUGGUGGAGUCCCGAAUGUUUACCCUGUGGACUUGUUCGAGCAUCUAUGGGUUGUAGAUCGGCUGCAGCGCCUCGGGAUAAGUAGAUAUUUCCACGAAGAGAUCAAGGAGUACAUGAAUUAUGUCCACAGAUACUGGACUGAUAAAGGAAUAUGCUGGGCAAGGAACUCACCCAUCAGCGACCUCGAUGAUACGGCAAUGGGUUUUCGGCUACUCAGGCUCCAUGGUCACCAAGUCUCUGCUAAUGUGUUCGAGAUAUUUAAGAAUGGGAGCAAGUUCGAGACAUUCGUGGGACAGUCAACGGAGGCUGUGACGGGGAUGUUCAACCUCUACAGGGCUUCCCAUGUGCAAUUCCCCGGGGAGACAAUCCUCGACGACGCUAAGGAAUAUGCCAUAAAUUUCCUCACUCAAAAGAGGGCAGCCAAUCAGCUACUAGACAAGUGGAUCAUCACUAAAGAUUUAUCGGGCGAGGUGGGGUGCGCGCUAGACAUUCCUUGGUACGCGAGCUUGCGUCGUCUGGAGACGAGAUUCUACAUCGGGCAGUACGGCGGGGACGACGACGUUUGGAUUGGCAAGACCCUCUAUAGGAUGCUCAAAGUUAACAACGAUGUCUAUCUCGAGCUCGCAAAGCUCGAUUACAAUGAAUGCCAGGCAUUGCACCUUUCGGAGUGGGACAGUAUCCAAAGAUGGUACUUGGAGAGUGAAAUUGGAGACUUCAGGAUCAAUACCGAAGCCCUUCUCUUUGCAUAUUUCGUGGCAGCUGCGAGUAUAUUUGAACCGGAAAGGGCGGGAGAGAGACUCGCAUGGGCAAAAGCAUUGAUUCUGGUUGAGACUGUCGACUCAUUUUUCAGUCCGGAAAGUGCUUCUAGUCGCCAUCAGAGAAGAGCUUUUGUCCGUGAAUUUCAGAGCAUUUCCAGGGCGAGGGACUACAUCAAUAGAAGGAGGGGGGUACCAAACAGGGCAGGACACGGGCUCAUCGGGACUCUGCUCGGGACCUUAAAUCAGCUGUCGUUGGAUGUUUUAGUAGGCCACGGUCGAGACAUUUAUUCCCCUUUACAUGAUGCCUGGGAAAAGUGGUUGAUGGGAUGGGGAGAGGAAGGAGACAAGUACAAGGGACUGGCAGAGCUGCUCGUGCAGACCAUCAGCCUCGGCGGUGGCCGCUGCUCCCCGGAGGAGCUGCUGUCCCUUCAGUCCUACGGCCGCCUCUCCGAUCUCUCCAACCACCUCUGCCGUCUCCUUGGACGCCUCAAGCCUCAACAGGUCAGAAAAUGGCAGCUGCUGCAGCGACAUUCGCAAAAUAACAGACCUCGAAAUAGAAUCCACCAUGCAAGAGCUCGUGCAGAAGGUGCUUCAAGGCUCGACAGAUCGAAUUGGUAGGAAUAUCAAGGAAACAUUCCUUAUGGUAGUGAAGAGCUUCUACUAUACCGCCCGGUUUGACCCUGAAACCGUUGAGUAUCACAUUGCCAAAGUUCUCUUUGAGAAAGUGAAUUGAUCGUCAGUCCCUAUCUCAUUGUACAAAACCGUCAAGAUAAGCCACGGGAAAUUAUUUUUAAAAUAGAAAAAAGAAACAUCUUUAGUGUAUUGUAUAAUUUUAAAAUAGGAAUUGUAAUGCAAUGGUAAGCUCCUGCAAUUGUGGAUUAAGAUGUUUCAAAAUUGAUUGUCAUUAGUAAAAUUUUUCGUACUUCUUCCCUUUUCA